CCUUGCAUAAAUUUAAAUUUAUUCAUAAAAAUGUUCAAAAUUGGUUCGAGUUGAUAACAGUAUUGCUAUUUGACAAUCAAAACAGAUAAGUCUAAGUUCAGUAUAUUCUAGCAGUGGCAAGAGACUGUUGACGUGAAAAAUAUGGCAAGAAGAAGUGCAUGAGGGCCACUCCUGUUUUAUUGUGUUGUGAACAUUGGAAAAAAUAAUAUAUACUUAACGGUUGAUCACAAAGUGCAUAAAACGAAAAAUUUGAAAUAAGUGUUUGAUAUAAAACAGUAAACAUGAUGAAAAGUUUGUUCGGCAGGAAAUCUGCCAAAGAAAAUGACCGGAACAAAAUAUCGGAGAUUGGGUUGCCGACAAAUGUGGUGCAUGGAAUUCACGUCAGUAAAAACAAACUUACAGGUGAUCUAGAAGGCUUACCUAAGGCAUGGAUUCGCCUUAUGGAUGCAUCCAUCACACACGAUGAACAGAGUAAAAAUCCAGAAGCCGCUUAUCAGGCGGUCAAGUUCUACAAUUACUCGAUCAAGAAGAAGGAACAGGCGGAACCGUUCAAACCAUUCAUUACGGAAGAUGCUAUCAACGAAGAAACAGAAUCUAUUGACCAGUUUCUUGACAUGAAAAAUGCUCACAAAAGUGAAGAUUCACUCGAAGCCAGCAGUGAGGAAAAUUUCGCUGAAGUUUCUCCUCCUCCACCGCCUUUGCCUAAAAAGGCAAUGACUCUACCACCAAAGCCACAGAUUAUGCCAAAACCUAAAAAUUAUAACAGUAAGAUAUAUAAAGCAAUAGACAAUCUAACAUUAGAGGAAGCAGGCAGCAAAACCACAAUGAUUAUCCACAGUAACAAUAAGGUAUUAGAAAAUCAUAAGAGUUCCUAUGAUUUGAUAAACAAAGUUGAUUUCGACAAUGAUAAUGAGCUAAUAUUGAGGCCAAAAGAACAAAAUGCUCGAGUACCGAAAUCAGAUGAGCAAGUAUAUUAUGAGCUAAAACGAAUUUGCAACAUGUGCGAUCCAUUGGAGCGUUAUGAAAAAACCGUCGAGGUAGGAAAAGGUGCAUCUGGUGUGGUAUUUAUUGCAUUGGAUCGCCAGACAAGUCAAAAGGUAGCAAUCAAGACAAUUGAUAUGAAACAUCAGUCGUCCAAAGAAUCCAUCUUGAAUGAAAUUAAUGUACUCAAAGAUUUCAAUCAUCGAAAUUUAGUAAAUUUUUUGGAAGCAUAUUACCUUGAACCUGUAGAUCACCUGUGGGUCAUUUUGGAAUACAUGGACGGGGGCCCGCUAACAGACGUUGUCACAGAAACCGUAAUGAAGGAUCGUCAAAUCGCAGCUGUUUGUCGUGAAGUUUUACGUGCAAUCAGUUUUCUUCAUUCGAAAGGUAUUAUCCACCGCGAUAUUAAAUCAGAUAAUGUACUGCUUGGCAUGGAUGGAUCAGUGAAAGUUACCGAUUUCGGCUUUUGUGCUAAUAUUGAAGGAGAUGAGAAACGGCAAACGAUGGUUGGAACACCAUAUUGGAUGGCUCCUGAGGUAGUGACCCGAAAACAGUAUGGAAAAAAGGUUGACAUUUGGUCUCUGGGCAUUAUGGCAAUUGAAAUGAUCGAGGGACAGCCACCAUAUUUGAACCAAGCUCCGUUGCGAGCAUUAUAUUUGAUAGCUGCCAAUGGUCGACCAGACAUUCGAAGUUGGGACAAACUAUCCGACAAUCUCAAAGAUUUUCUUGACUGCUGUCUGCAAGUGGAGGUAGACCAGCGGGCUUCAGCCGACGAGUUGCUUCAACACCUAUUUCUGCAGGAUUGUAUGGAAUUGCGCACAUUAACACCACUUAUCAAAGCGGCCAGGAGAUUGCUGAAAAGGGAUAAUUAGUGCACCACUCGGAAAUAGUGAAAAAUGGAGCGCCGGUAUGGCUGUGAAACUUAGUGCCUUAGCUACCGAUAUUUUUUGAUUCGGUAAAAAGAGUCAUGUGAAGACGGAAAGGAAAAUGAUAAGGGUUUGACAUUUCCCCCUAUACACGAUAAGACCUCCACAACAAGAAACGACACAAAUAAGACUAACACGACGAAGAAAUGCGUACUGAUUGAAAAUGUGCCGUCACAUUUCCAGAAAAAUUAUCAAAUAUCGUCCAUUUUGUACGAAUCGAGUGUGCAAACCGAGCACUGCAAAGGUAGGAGUGAAGAUAUAAUUUCAGUAAAAUACGUCUCUCUGUAUAAAGCUGAACUAAAAGCAUAAGAUGUAAUAUACGACAAAACAGUAUAGAAUUAACCCGGUUUGCUAACAGACAUUCCCGCGUUCGGAGGGCAUACUUGAGAGCAAUUGUCGCUUUUAGAAAUCAUUUGUUGACUGGCUUGUUAAUUAAGUAAAUUAUGCCACAUUAUAACUAUGAUCACGUGGCAAAUUUUGGGGUGAUUUGGAUUUAUGAACUAGAAUUCAUUAUUAAAUGGGCAAAUGAGCAUUUAAGCUCGAAUUGAAUCAACGAUAAUCUAAUAAUUAAAAAAUCAGGGUAUGACACAUCACCUUUGUAUAAAAUAACAGCACCAAAAAUGGAUGAAUCAUAUUUGUGGUUCCGUUAGAUGGUUGAUAGCAUGCUAAGAACCUGUAAAAAGUGCCAUAAAACGCGAAGAAGAACGCUACAACUACUUUCCCUUUCUUCUCAAUUAGGCAAAUUGUUUUCAGUAUAUCAUCCUCGUUUAUUUCUCAUUCUCCUACGUUUCGUUCUAUGUAUUCCGGUUCAUGGUUGGUAUGCUAUAGCAGUGUGUACGAACAACGUGUAGGAAAUGCUAAUCGAAUGCGUUAAGAUUUGCGUGCAUGUUCACGAUUCAAAGUGGUAUACUUUCUCUGUAUUUGCUACCUUACACUGAUACGUCUACAUUCAAAGUAUGUCGCGGAGAGUUAGUGAAUUGUGUAUAAUAAAAAUUUUAGACAUGGGAAGCUACAAGUAACAAUUGUAUUAUGAUGUAAAUACAAACGGAAACUCUGAUUGCUGUUAAACAGGUUAUAAACUAGCGAAUGUUAUAAGUGCAUUCAUCCGACUAUAUUUUCUUUUACUAAUUAUACGCAAGCACUUAUAGAGAAAAAUCUAAUCAACGUCUAAAAUGUGUAGCUAAAUUAUAAAGUUUAAAUUUAUUUACACUACAUUUGAACUAAUCUUAUCUAGGUGUUUUACACGAACACUCUUAUGCGUAAGAAAAUUACCUGCGCGGAUGCGGACCUACCAUCAUAUCGACACCUGAGUGUUGUCACUUAAUUGUGGCUUAUCUUGGUAUUGAAUUCAACCAUCCACAGCUUUUAGAUAACAGUUUAGGCUUAUUGAUCGCUCAAGCAAAAUGCACCAUUCAGAUAGAAGCUCGACUGUCUCCGCAGAUAGAGUUUGUCGCAAAUUUCACAUACUAAUAUACCUUCAAAUUCUCUGUCUGCCCACAAAUCUACCGGCGGGUUAUGACUAAUGUUAGGUUUAUUUAUCCACCGAUAUUACAAAUUUUUGGUGCUCCAAACAGUACAGUUCAUCUAUCAAUUUUACAUAUCGUUCCACAUUAUUUACUGAUAGCAAAAGUAAGCAUGAUAAUAAUGGAUAUACCUAAUAAGGGAACUAUAACAGGUGCUUAAACAAUGUUAUUAUUGAUUCAUUCCACGCAACAGCGAAUUUUACUAAUUACUGUUCUAGGUUUAGACUCCAUGAUUUAUUGAUUCUAAUUCUGUCUUCUGUGCUGAAAUCAAUGCCUUUCACUCAAGGUAUAGGUUUAGUUCUGCUCUUAAUAAAGGGUGCUGCGAUCAAAAUUUGACCAAACAAUAAUGCAUUUAAAUUGAUUAAAUUUUCAAAAGAAUAAAAUUACCGGACCUUUUAUUCAACUCCUGCCGUUAGGUUCAACCACCUCGUCCAUUUUUUCGCCGGAGAGCGUCACUUUGCCUUAAAACACUCUCACUUCCAACAGUUUUUUGGAUCUUCUUCGGAUUUCGCUUGAAGAUGACUUAAUAUUGUGUAUCCAGCACUAAAUUGGAUUUCCGAGAAAACGGCAAAGGAUUUUUCUUCCGUACCGUACAUUAAACCUAGUGUCGGAAGUAGUGCGCUGUACAGCUAAUGAGACGUACUAUACAGCGCUCUACUUCCGACAUUAGGUUUAGUGUACGGUACGGAAGAAAAGUCGUUUGCCGUUUUUUGGGAAGUCCAAUUUGGUGCUGGUGACUCAAUAUUUUUUUAUUAAACGGAGUUCUGCUGGCAUACUGAAAGCGUUCUUGAUCGUAAGCACCGCCUGCACUAUUUUGGCAGCGUAAUCGGACCACAAAAGCACGGAACAAUCACGUUACUUCAAGAAAGGCAGCAUUCAUUUUUCCGAACAAUCGUUCUCGUAAACUUUCUGUUUGAUGCUCCCAAUUACAAUGAAUAUAUAUGAGCAUGUGGAUCAUAUGGAUGGUGUUAAUGUGAGGAAAAUGUGUACGACGAUAUUUUUUAGUUAUGUUUACGGUUUAUUGACCCUAUUAUGCAAGUCAUGUCGAGCUACUCGACUCGACACAGUCACAGUCGAGCGUCGAAUGCGGGCAGUAUGGACAACCUAGCAGCUCAAUACACGACUAACACAAAACAAACUCAUUCGUAGUUUGCUGACAGUUGAAGUGGCGUUUUAGCGGUCGACUCAGUCGAGUUAGUUGACAAAAUUUGAUCCUUGACUUAUAUAAUGCCAAAAGUAGACCAGUCGAAAAAUCCUCCCAGUUGACCUCGAGGCACGCGCACGACACUCAUUGGCGGAACUAGAGGGG